UACUCUUGGAGGGAAGCCGACUAACCUCGUAUGGACGAAUAGUAAAUUUGGGAUUUCCCACUUGGUUGGAGAUGGUCUAAGCGCGCGCGCAGUUUCUUUCUCCUACGUUUUCGUUUCGUUUCACUAGCCUUUCGUGACAGCUAGGGUUUAAGGAACAGAAGCUUUCUAUUCAAUGGCGUGGUGGGAAGCUACGAAGAAACCCGUGUUCUCAUGGCAGCAGAUACUACUGAAUCCGGAAACGACGUCGGACAAUUGAUUUCACUCCGCCAUCCCAAGUUCGGAACUCAAUUGGAUUAAGCAAUCCUACACUUCUUGGUUUCUGGGUGAAUAUGUUACUGAAGAUGGUGGGUUAUAUACUGCCACUCCAGUUGACCCUGUCUUCAUUUUUCUUGCCCAUAUUUUAAGAAGCUAGGAUGAAGAAGGGGGACGAUCCUGGGAAGUUCAGGCUUUUAGAUGACAUAAUCUUCAUCGAAGGCUAUCCGGGAUACCAUAAAUUACUGUCCAUUGCAGAGAACUGUAUGCAAUUAGUUUGCGAAAUAAAAGAAGUCGGAUCCUUCAAAUUUUUUAGGCUGGAUGAUUCCAAGGUUCUGGCUUGGUUGUACCACAAGGUCUGUCAGCUAAAACAGACACUAUCCACUUUGGACCAUAAUUAUGCUGCACGGGAAGAGAAAGACAUGUUGACUGAUGCAGUUUCAGUAUUGGGGGAAUACGUGAAGGAUGAGCCCUGGUUGAAGCCUUUGAGUGACCGUUUAAGGAUAGAUUUUACAGAAGCAAGGAGAAAAACAUCAGAUAUCGAAUUUCUCCCGACUGCACAGGAAGUAACCUGGGGCCUUGUAAUGGUUCACAGGAAAAGGGUAAGAGUGAGAUUAAGCCUACUCAAGCCGGAAGGCAAGCGAUGAAGGCGAAAAUGGAGACAGAGGGCUGGUUUGGUAUUGAUGUGCUUUGAAAAAAAGCUGCUGUGAGAAUAAGCGGCUGUGCUGUGAGAAUAAGCGGUUGUGAAAUAAAGCAGCAGAGCGUUUGGUAAACUUUUUUGUAAAAGUGCUUUUGGAAAAAAAAGCAGUCUGAUAGUGGG